AUGUCGCGUUCUUUUCUAAUGGAUUCUCUGCUGAGCGAUGUACCGCUAACGAAAAAAGAUUCUUUAGGUUCUCCAACUGCCUCACCGUAUGUGUCUGGGGAAUCAAAAUCACCAACUAUGGGCGCGGCAGCAGCUGCGGCAGCUGCAGCGGCAGCGGCCAUAUUACCCGGCAUUCCGAUGUUCCCAUAUCCUGCUAGUUACGUGGGCAGCUACCUAUUUUCCUUGGGUAUCCAACAACAGCAACAACAUCAUAAGAAACAACAAGCAGAAAUGGCGGCAGCAGUUGCAGCGGCAACCUCCUCGCACUCCAACUCCCAUGCUUCAGCAACGCAUUCGCCACUCUUACAUUCGUACACCGCAUCGCUUCUAUCGCAGAAAAGAAAAUCUCUGGGCUUUGACCAUUACUCCAGUAAUACCCGAUUGCCUUACAAUAAUCAAAUAUUGGCGCACAGUGAUACCUUCUGUACAUCUCCCUCAUCAUCUUCUACGGGAUCAACAACUGAAUAUGGAAGUUAUGGUGAUGAGACGCCGUCGGCAAAACGUUGCAAGCAAGACUCCGCUUCAUGUUCGCCCGUCAGUUCUCCUAGCAAAGCCAGCAUUACUCAACCAAUACAAGUCGUUAACGCUCGUUCGAGUAAUCAGUGUUCGGUGUCGACGACUUCCAAGAUAUCAUACUCAAACUCCAACACCUCCGUCACAUCGUGUGGACAUAGUAUGCCACUGGAUAUCACACCAGUGAUUACCGAUUACGCGGACUCUAGUAAACGCAUACGAACCGCCUUCACUAGCACUCAGCUGCUCGAGCUCGAGCGUGAAUUCUCCCUGAAUGCAUAUUUGUCAAGGUUGCGACGCAUUGAAAUUGCCAAUCGAUUGCGUCUAUCUGAGAAACAAGUAAAGAUUUGGUUCCAAAAUCGUCGAGUAAAGCAAAAGAAAGGAUCGGAAAGUCCCACAUUCAACUUUUCCGCCGGCAGCAUGAGCCCCACCUCGUCAUCAUGUGACAAGCAGUCACAAAGCCCUACUACGUCACCAAUCCGCACAAGCCAACAAUGCUGUUGUGCGAAGAAUUUGAAAGUAGAACCGAGGCAGGACCAUGACUCUCCCACUUACUGUGGCAACCAAUCCUGUGGACUUGUAGAAAUUUGA